UUAAAUGUCACAGUGUUGCAGUGAUUUGAGUAAAUAGCUAGUGUUUAUAGUAGAUCAAGAUGCAUCUAAAAGUGCCUAAAGUAGAAAAGUGUUGCUUUUGUAUUCCAUUGCUCGGGGGGAUUAUAAUAUUUGGAUAUAUUAAUAUUAUUUUGUCGGUAUGCGCUGUGGCGUGUCUCGUUAUCAGAACCGAGCUGCAGCGGCUGUCGGUGACAAACGAUGCAUCGCUCGAAGUCGUCACCUCUACCGUAUUGUUCAGUAUACUAGGUAUGGGCGUCAUACUGAAUAUACUGCUACUUGUCGCUGGAUAUCAGAGAGAUAUGUUAAUGCUACGACUAUAUAAUUAUUAUGCUGUGGCGACAACUCUAGCAGCUCUGGUGCCUAUAUUUAUACUGCUAUCCCGGGGAAUGCUUUUUGAGGUGUUCACAGCGUUGUUUGCAUUAAUAAUGCAGUGCUAUGUAAUCGUGUUGGUGCGCAGUGAGGUGGUUAAGCUUGAACACGAGGAGAUGACGCACGAGGACCAUGCAGAGAACCAACUGACCGUCGUAGUUCCUGAUACUGUCACUUUACUAUGAACAAGGAAUACU